UCUCUCUCUCUCUCUCUCUCCUCUCUCCUCUCCCUUUCUCUCUAUAAAACUUGCCUUUCCCGAAGUCGACGACGAUGUUGUUGUUAUUGGCAUUGUUGUGUCUAAUGAUUUCAAAGUAUUUUAAUCACUACUCGCCCACUAAUUUAUGCAUAAACCCCAGCAAAUGGGGAGGUCUGAUUUGCGAAGAACAAUUUCAAUACAAUAAUUCUCACCUCUCUGUGCCUUAAUGGCCGCACCACCCUUUCUCUCUCUCUCUCUCUAUAUAUAUAUAUUCCUUAUAUAUAUAUAGAUUUCUCUCUCUCUCCCCUUCUCUCUCUUCUCAUGUGUGAAAACUUAUAGGGUUUCUAGUUACUACACUCAGUCGUUAAAGCCCUAACCAUUUAAUGCUCUAGAGACUUGUGACGACUCAUUUUUAUUUCAAUUUCCACCAUAGCCGUCCUUCUUGACUUCUGGGAUACAGAAGAUUUGAAUGCAUUGUUCAAUGUUCAAAGGAAAGGAAAGAGAUACAGGGGAAGAAAGGGAAGGGGGAUUGGGCAAGUAUGGUUAUUGUCUGAGUAAGAAAGCUCGGUUCGAUGGGAAUCCUAGUAAUGGCUAUUGGGGCAAUUUUGGUUGUCCUCCACCUCAAAAGAUUAGGAUUUGUGAAAUGAAAAUCGGAUUGGAUCGAAACUGGCUCACACUUUGUUCUGGUUAUGACAGUAGGCACCACGUUUCAUCGGGUGUGGAAGUAGAACCUCAGGAUGCAGAUUACUCUCAAGCAGUUCCCUCGCUGAGUUAUGAGUUAGAGGCUCUGAUCUUGGCCAGGGUUCCGAGGUCAGAAUAUUGGAAGUUAUGCUUUGUGAACAAGAGGUAUUUAGAUCUAUUAAGGAGUGGUGAGCUAUUUAAGAUUAGGAGAGACAUUGGGGUUAAAGAGUCAUCUGUUUUCAUUUUAGCCACUGGGGAGACUGUUUGGUGGGCAUUUGACAGGGAAUUCAAGUCUCGUAGGAAGCUCCCGGUUUUACCUACUGAUUUUUGCUUCACAUCCGGGGAUAAAGAAUCAGUUUGUGCAGGGUCUCAUUUGCUUGUUUCGGGUAGAGAGAUUGAUGGGCUUGUUCUAUGGAGAUAUGAAUUGGGAAUGAACAAAUGGUACAAAGGCCCUUCUAUGAUCAAUCCAAGGUGUUUGUUUGCAUCUGCCUCGUCCGGUCCUUAUGCUUUUGUAGCCGGUGGCAUUGGGAUAGAGGCAAAUAGUGAAGUCUAUAACACUGCUGAAAAAUACAAUCCAGACAGUAAGUCAUGGGAGCCCCUUCCGAGGAUGAAACGUAGGAGGAAGCUGUGUUCGGGGUGUUACAUUGACAACAGAUUCUACGUGAUUGGGGGACGAAACGAGAAUGGAGCUCUCACUUGUGGGGAAUUCUUCAAUGAGGCUAGGAACAAUUGGGUUCUGAUCCCGGACAUGUUGAAAGAUGAUCCGGUUUUGAAUUGCCAUUCUCCGCCUCUUGUUGCUGUUGUGAAUAAUGAGCUCUACUCACUUGAGGCUUCCUCCAACCAACUGAAAGUGUACUUGAAGAAGAGCAACACAUGGAAGCACUUGGGGUCAGUCCCGGUGAGAGCUGAUUCUAAUAGAGGUUGGGGUGUUGCAUUCAAGUCUCUGGGGAAUGAGCUGCUUGUGAUUGGUUCCUCAUGUUAUUCUGUUAGUAAUUGCAUGGCUAUAUACACUUGCUGCCCAAAUCCUGAUGCAGAGGAGGAAUUGCAGUGGAUGCCUCUUGACAGUGGCCGAAAUCGGCACAGCCCCUUCAUUCUAAAUUGUUCUGUUAUGGUAGCUUGAGACACAGCCUUUGAAGGAGGAGACUCUUUAGUGCCUUCUGGUUUGAGUGUACCUAAAUAAAAUGCAAAGUUGACAUAUUAUAGAGUUUGGAAAACUGAACUCUUUAUGUUUACUUUUUAAAAAAAAUAUGACCAUAUGUGGUCUGUCUAAUCUGUUUGAAUUUUUUUGGGGUCUGUUUUCUGCUUAUCAUCUUUGGAACCACUAAGAAAUGAACCCUACUUUACUUUCUCUUCUUUACCGGUCUCGAAACCUGGGCUUAGGACUUGAGAAUUAAGAUUCAAAGCCUGAAAGCUGAUCAUGUGCUUGCCCACACAUUUGAAUUCUUUUUUCUUGAACUCGUCGUGUUCUAAACUAUAGGAUCAAUAUAUCCACGCAAUCGCUUUCUCCAAUUG